GAUGUUGAUCAUGAAGAGCAAGUUUUUCAAAGAAUGCUUUGGUAGGUGCAGAAAAGCUGGUGCUAGAGCACUAGAGUCUGUAUCUUGGGAUCAUGUUUUCAAUAGAGAUAUUAAGUGGUUCUGUUUGCAUUCUGAAGAGGACAAUUAUAAUAUCCCCAAAGAUGUCCCAAAAGGUCACCUAGUGGUCUAUGUUGGUGAAGAAUGCAGGAGAUUUGUGAUCAAGAUUACCUUACUCAGCCAUCCUUUGUUCCAGGCAUUGCUGGAUCAGGCUGAGGAAGUGUUUCAGUUUGCCACCAACUCAUCAAAACUCCGCAUUCCUUGCAGCGAGUACUUGUUCCUCAGCGUUCUUCAGUGCAUUAGCUCUGAACUCCUAGAUCAAAGGUGUUCGUUCUCUAUGAGACGCUUUCAGAGAGAUAAGAUAUGAGAGAAGAUCUGCAUCCAUAUAAAUCUAUAUUGUGCUUGUACAUUGUGUAACACAGCUAUGAAUUAUAUUGCUCAUAAAUUAAGCUAGUUCAUGUGAUGAUCUGACGUCUCUCUAGAGUCUACAUAAGUUGUUGUUUUUAGUGCGAGAAACUCUAGCUUAGUACUUAGCAGGUAUAACAAGUAUGAAGACAAUCAAGCUCAGAUAUUUAACCUGUUCAGAGGCAAUGUAACUGGCAUU